CCACUCAGGCCGGCGCCAAGUUGCCCCAAUGAGGCUGUGGGGUUUGCUGCUUGCAGUGCUGGGGGGAGCAAUGUGCCAAGAGCCAGAGCCCCCCCAUGGGUGUUCCCAAGGCAGCUGCUACCCAGCCACGGGAGAUCUGCUGGUAGGCCGGGCCGAUCGGCUCUCCACCACCUCCACCUGUGGCCUGCAACGUCCCCAGCCCUACUGUAUUGUCAGCCAUUUGCAGGAUGAGAAAAAGUGCUUUUCGUGUGACUCCCGUCGGCCCUAUGAGCCCGUGUCAAACCCUAAGAGCCACCGCAUUGAGAAUGUGAUCACCGCCUUUGCACGCUAUCGCAAGAAGGCCUGGUGGCAGUCAGAGAAUGGUGUGGAGCAGGUCAGCAUCCGCCUGGACCUGGAGGCCGAGUUCCACUUCACUCACCUCAUCAUGACUUUCAAGACCUUCCGGCCAGCAGCCAUGUUGGUGGAGCGUUCGGCUGAUUUUGGCCGCACCUGGCAGGUGUACCGCUACUUUGCCUACGACUGCGCUGCGUCCUUCCCUGCUGCCCCUCGUGGACCCCUGAGGCGUGUGGAUGAUGUCAUCUGCGAGUCGCGUUACUCGGACAUUGAGCCCUCGACUGAGGGGGAGGUGAUCUACAGGGUGCUGGACCCAGCUAUCUACAUCCGUGACCCUUACAGUCCAAAAAUCCAGAAUCUCCUGAAGGUCACCAACCUGCGGGUGAACUUGACCAAACUGCACACGCUGGGAGACAACUUGCUGGACUCGCGGCGAGAGAUCAAGGAGAAGUAUUACUACGCCGUGUACGAGCUGGUGCUGCGGGGCAACUGCUUCUGCUACGGGCAUGCCUCGGAGUGCGCCCCACUCGCGGGCAGCCCCGCUGAUGUGGAAGGCAUGGUGCAUGGCCGCUGUGUCUGCAAGCACAACACCAACGGGCUGAACUGCGAGCAGUGCGACAGCUUCCACCAUGAGCUGCCCUGGCGCCCGGCCGAAGGGCGCCGCACCAACGCCUGCAAGAAGUGCAACUGCAACGAGCACUCGCACCGGUGCCACUUCGACAUGGCCGUGUACCUGGCCACGGGCAACGCCAGCGGCGGCGUCUGCGACGAGUGCCAGCACAACACCAUGGGCCGCCACUGCCAGCUCUGCAAGCCCUUCUACUACAAAGACCCUGCCAAGGACAUCCGCGACCCCAGCGUGUGCCGCGCCUGUGACUGUGACCCCGAUGGCACAUUAGAUGGUGGCGUGUGUGACACGCACGACGACCCGAGCCUCGGGCUGAUUGCUGGACAGUGUCGCUGCAAGGAGCACAUCCAAGGGGCACGCUGUGACAAGUGCAAGCCUGGCUUCUUCGGAAUGAGCGCAGGAAACCCGCAAGGCUGCCAGCGUUGCCAGUGUGACCCGCGAGGGACUGUGCAGGACGGGCCCCAAUGCAACGCCAUCACGGGCGACUGCUUCUGCAAGCGGCUGGUGACCGGGCGCAGCUGUAACCAGUGCUUGCCUGAGCACUGGGCUCUGAGCCCUGACCUACAUGGCUGCCGGCCUUGUGACUGCGAUGUCGGAGGCGCCCACGACAACCAGUGCGCCACGGAAACAGGACAGUGCCGCUGCCGCAGCCACAUGGUGGGCAGGCAGUGCAGCCAAGUGCAGGCAGGCUACUACCGCAUGGUGCUGGACCACUACACCUGCGAGGCUGAAGAAGCACGACUUCACCAGGGAGCUGAAAUGAUGGAGCGAGUGCACCUCACAGGCCGCCCGGUCACUUGGACAGGGCUCGGGUUUGCACGCGUGGUGGAGGGCAGCGUGGUGGAGUUCCAGAUCAACAAUGUGCCCUUCUCCAUGGAAUACGAUAUACUGCUGCGCUACGAGCCUCAGGUGCCAGGAAAAUGGGAGGAGGUGAAGGUGUCUGUGGUGCGGCCUGGGCCUGUCCCCACCAGCAGCCCAUGUGGAAACACCAUCCCUGCUGAUGACUUGAUGUCCACGGCUCUGCCACCCACAUCUCGGUAUGUGGUGCUGCCCCAGCCCGUCUGUCUGGAGCAAGGGGUCAGCUACACCAUCCGGGUGGAGUUCACCCGCUACGGAGGGCGUGAGCAUUUGCAAGGCGCUGCAGUCCUGUUGGAUUCCCUGGUACUGAUGCCACGCUACUCCUCCCUGGAGAUGUUCAUCGCUGGAGACCCCGCCGCCAUUGCCCGCAAGGAGACCUUUGAGCGCUACCGCUGUGCCCAACACGCUCGGCCUGUGGUUAAGGCGCCCGCCCCAGAGCCCUGCGCCAACUUGAUCACCAGCAUGUCAGCCAUCAUCCACCAGGGGGCACUGCCCUGCCGGUGCAAUCCCCAAGGAUCACUGAGCUCCGAAUGCAACCCGGAAGGUGGGCAGUGCCAGUGCAAGCCUCACGUCAUGGGCCGCCGCUGUGAACGCUGCUCGCCUGGCACCUUUGGCUUUGGGCCCGGCGGCUGCAAAGCAUGCCAGUGUAGCGGCGAAGGUUCCUUGAGCAGUUUCUGCAACAACUUCAAUGGGCAGUGCCCGUGCCGGCCAGGCGCCUUUGGGCCCCGUUGCGACCACUGCCAGCCUGGCCACUGGGGUUUCCCAAACUGCCGCCCGUGCCAAUGCAAUGGGCGCUCGGAGGAAUGUGAACCGCGGACGGGCAGCUGUUUACAUUGCCGAGGCCAAACGGAAGGAGAUCGAUGCCAGAGCUGUGUUGCUGGAUACUAUGGGAACCCAGUGCUGGCCUCAGGUGGCCACUGCCGCCCCUGCCCCUGCCCAGAGGCACCUGGCUCUGGACGCCAUUUUGCUGCUGCUUGCCACCAAGACAGCCGCUCUGGAACAGUCAUGUGUAGCUGCCUCCCAGGCUAUACAGGCCCGCGCUGUGAUGAGUGUGCUCCUGGCUACUAUGGUAACCCUUGGCAGGCCAGGGGGCGAUGCCAGCCUUGUGCGUGUAACAACAACAUUGACAUGGCGGACCCAGCAUCUUGUGAUCGACGCACAGGCCAGUGCCUGCGAUGCCGCUACCACACUGAGGGGGACCAGUGUCAGCACUGCCAAGCGGGCUAUUAUGGUGAUGCCACCCGACGCACCUGCCACCGCUGCUCCUGUAACUUCCUGGGCACAGUGCGCAGCGAGUGCCCGUCGCGGGACCAGUGCCAGUGUGAGCGCCACAGCGGGCAGUGCCGGUGCCUGCCCAAUGUCCAAGGGCGGAACUGUGACCAUUGUGCCCCCAACUUCUGGAACGCGGCCAGCGGCCAGGGCUGCCAGGCCUGUGACUGCCACCCCCAGUAUGCCCUGAGCCCUGCUUGCAAUCAGUUCACAGGGCAAUGCCAGUGUCGGCCAGGCUUUGGGGGCCGCACCUGCUCGGAAUGCCAGGAGAACCACUGGGGGGAGCCCAGCCAGCAGUGCCGACCCUGUGACUGCGACCCACGUGGGAUCGAGAAGCCGCAAUGCCACCGUAUCACGGGCCACUGCUCCUGUCGCCCGGGCAUAUCGGGCGUGCGCUGCGACCACUGCUCCCGCGGCUUUUCUGGCGAAUAUCCUGCCUGCCAGCCCUGCCAUCAGUGCUUCGGGGACUGGGAUCGCAUCGUGCAGGACUUGGCCGCCCGCACCCGCAGCCUGGCCCAGCGGGCCCAGCAGCUCCACCAGACGGGCCUCACCGGGGCGUUCGAGGGCACCUUCCGCCGACUCCAGGACAAGCUGAGUGCCGUCCAGGCUGUUGUCAGUGCUCGCAAUGCCAGCGCCAGCGCCAUCACCCACCUCUUGCAUGGCAUGGAUGAACUGCGGCAGGAGAUAGCCGAUGUGACGGAAACACUGACCCGCCUGGAGGGGAUGCUGACAGCCACCCAAGACAAGAACUUCAAUGCCAACCAUGCCUUAGGCACGCUGGAGCGUGCCGCUCGGGGCCUCAACCUCAGCCUGGCAGACCUGGCCCGCCAGCUGGAUGCACUCAUCAAUGCCAAUGUGUUGGGUGCUUAUGACAGCGUCCGCCAGUCCUUCGUGCAGUCGCGCGAAGCUGAGCACCGAGCCAACGCCUCCGCCUUGGCUGUGCCUAGCCCUGUCAGCCAGUCAGCCGCUUCCCGGCGUCGCACCGAGCAUCUGAUGACAGUACGGAGAGACACUUUCAAUAGGCAGAACGCGGCCAACAGGCAAGGCCUGACGGACCUAUCAAGACGCGUCGGAGGGCUGAGCCUGCACCAGAUCAAUGAGAAGGUGUGUGGGGCCCCGGGGGACGCCCCCUGCUCCAGCAGCCCCUGUGGAGGGGCCGGUUGCCGCGACGAAGACGGCAGGCGCCACUGCGGGGGCCUCAACUGCAAUGGGGCUGUGGCCACCGCCGACAAUGCGCUGGACCGAGCGCGCCACGCCGAAGGGGAGCUACGCCGUGCCGUGGCUGACGUGGAUCUCCUGCUGCGCCAGGUGGCCGAUGCUAAGGCCCGGGCUGGAGAGGCAAAGCGGAGAGCGCAGGUGGCUUUGGACAAUGCCAAUGCCACCAAGGCCCGGCUGGAGCGCUCCAACAAGGAGCUGCGGGACCUCAUCCAGCAAAUCAAAGGAUUCCUGAAUCUCGAGGGGGCUGAUCCUGACAGCAUUGCCCUGGUGGCCUCCCGCGUGCUGGAACUCUCCAUCCCAGCAUCCCCUGCACAAAUCCACCAUCUCGCCGAGGAGAUCAAGCAGCGCGUCAGCAGCUUGGCCAAUGUGGACGCCAUCUUGGACCAAACAGCAGGAGACGUGCGGGUGGCAGGAGAGCUGCUGCAGGAUGCGCGGCGGGCCAAUGCUCGAGCAGAGAGCGUCAAGAGUGCCACGCAAGCCGUGAAGAAGGCUCUCGACGAUGCCAGACGGGCCCAAACUGCUGCCGAGACGGCCAUCCGCAACGCAGCCAGUGAUAUCUACCACACGGAAGAUGUCGUGAGCAGGAUCCAGGAAAAGACAGCAAGCGCCGAGGGUCAGCUGGCCGCGGCCAUGGAACGGGUGGGACACCUCGACAGGCAGGUGGACGCCCUCAAGGUGAAAUGGGCCAACAACAGCCUGGCGGCCACAAGAGCUGAAGAGACAGCCAGCGCCGCCAGGGACCGAGCUGGAGAAGCUGAACAGGUGCUGGAGGGCCCACUGGGUGACCGGUACCGGACAGUGAAGGAGCUAGUGGAACACAAGGCUCAGCACGUCCUGCAGGCCCAGCAGAAAGCGGCGCGCCUACGAGAUGAGGCCAAGGGGUUGCUGCGUGAUGCUAAUAAAAAAUUGCAGCUGCUGAGUGCACUGGAAGAAACGUACGAAGAAAAUGAGAGGCAGCUGCAAGAGAAAGCAGCCCAACUGGAUGGGCUAGAGGCCAAGAUGAGGGGCAUCCUAGGAGACAUCAACCAGCAAAUCCAGAUCUACAACACCUGCCAGUGAUGCACUAUUUUCUGCUCCCCCACCCUAUCUCUGCCCCCCACCCCCACCCCGCUCACGUGCUUAAAGAAUUCUUGGCUACUGCUGCCUUGCUCGCUAGUGCCUGGAGCGUUAUUUCCUGUGGCCAUUCCUUCCCAACAUUGCUUGUCGUGGGUCAUCAUCACCCUCCUCCCAGUGUCCCAUGCUCCCAUGAAGCACAACGCUGCACCAAGUCUUCCUGAUGAGAGCCCCUUCCCUACUAGCAUCCAGCACAGGGGACAUCUAAUACACCAGCACUUGGAUGCCAAAGGGAAGAUUCCCGUUCUGAUUUCUGCCAUUCUCUCUUCCGCUACAGUUGAAACAUCAUAGAGUAGAAAGCCCCAUUCCAAAGCAAGGAGGACAGUACAGUGCAGAACAGGAGCGGGGUCACCUAAGGGAGGGUCAGAUGAGGUGGCUACCUUGGCAUGUCCGAUACACAUGAACCGCUUGCAUUUGUGUGAGAAUAAAGACCCAACGUGGCGUUGCUC